AUGCACGUGACAGAGAGGAAGAGUGUGACAUCAGAGAAAAACAAGUGUGCUGAGUGUGGGGUUAACAGAGAGGUAGAGUGUGACAUCAGAAGAAACAAGUGUGCUUGGUGUGGGGUUAACAGAGAGGUAGAGUGUGACAUCAGAGGAAACAAGUGUGCUUGGUGUGGGGUUAACAGAGAGGUAGAGUGUGACAUCAGAAAAAACAAGUGUGCUUGGUGUGGGGUUAACAGAGAGGUAGAGUGUGACAUCAGAGAAAACAAGUGUGCUGAGUGUGGGAUUAACAGAGAAGUAGAGUGUGACAUCAGAGAAAACAAGUGUGCUGAGUGUGGGAUUAACAGAGAGAUAGAGUGUGACAUCAGAGAAAACAAGUGUGCUUGGUGUGGGGUUAACAGAGAGGUAGAGUGUGACAUCAGAGAAAACAAGUGUGCUGAGUGUGGGAUUAACAGAGAGAUAGAGUGUGACAUCAGAGAAAACAAGUGUGCUGAGUGUGGGGUUAACAGAGAGGUAGAGUGUGACAUCAGAGGAAACAAGUGUGCUGAGUGUGGGAUUAACAGAGAAGUAGAGUGUGACAUCAGAGAAAACAAGUGUGCUGAGUGUGGGAUUAACAGAGAGGUAGAGUGUGACAUCAGAGAAAAACAACUGUGCUUGGUGUGGGGUUAA